UUGAAGUUUGAAUUAAUCUCUGAAGAUUAAUUUGUCUGAUGAAUGAAGCAAAUUAAGUUUCUAAUUUGUGGAAAUAAAUUUUUAUAAUAAUUUUAAUAUAAAGUAAAAUUAAAUAAAUAAAUCCCGUUUUUCGGCAUUUUUUAAAUUAAAAAAUUCAUGCGUAUGGCGUCAACGAAGCACAAAAAAAAAGUCGAGAGCAAACUCCGUAUAUUGAACAUUAGCAUAUAAGAACGCGUCUCGUUCUGCUCUUGGAACACUUAAGUGCAAUAUGUAUUUGCAUUUAUGUACGUGCGUAACAAUUUGAUGCAUAUUUGCCAUUUUUAAGGUAUAUUCGGAAGUUUAAAGUCAAUAUAAUAGUUUGAUCUCGAUUACGUGUAAUAGGAAAUUGAGAAAUCAUCGAUUUUAGAUUGACUUCAUCAUUAGCAUACAACCGCUUUUUGUUACAAAACAGGAGAUUCAGAUAAGAGGGAGAUUCGCAAUUUUGAUUUAGUUCAAUGACACUUAUUAGAUAAUACGUUCAAUAAACUUUAUAAUGAUUUUAAAAUAUAGAUAAAUGUCUUCUUAAGAAAUAUUUUAUUUUUUACUAUUUUAUUACUUUAUUAUUUCCAAUUUUUUCAUAAUAUUCUUUUAUGUUAUGAAUUAUCAAAAAAAUCUGGAGACGCGGAAAAUGAUGACAUACAAGUACAGACUCAAUAUGUCGUCAUUCUUAUAUUGUCUCAAUUGUCUUAAAAGUUGUGAAAAUAUCAGUCCUUUAAAUCUCUUAACGCUACAACGUAAUAUCCUUUAUAACAAUUAUAAAUUUUUUUCCAAGACAUUUUCAAUUUUUACAUUAAAAAUUAAUUUCAAUGUAUAAUUUUUAAUUUUCAGUUGAUUUUCAUUUGGCUUUAGUUAUCAGUCAAAUAUUUAGACUUUUUCGAAUUAUUAUUUAAAAUUGAAAUUAUUUGGAAAUAAUUUCAAUGAUUUGAUUUUAAAAAAAAAUUUAAGAUAAUUUUAAUUAUUUGUAUAAUUAAAAUUAAUAAUAAUAAUUAUAAACUAAAAAUAAUUUAAGUCUUGUAAGAUUUGUUUACUAGGUCACUUUUGUCGCUUGAGGCAUUUUUUUUUACUAUAUAUACGCUCACGAGAGUAGACUGCUCCAAGAUCUUGACAAGUGUAUGUGAUUUCUGAAUGUUGUCUAUUUAAAAUUGAAUAUUGCCCACUAUCAAAAUUAUUCUUUCCUAGUUUCACCAUUCUGUCGUUGAAGGAAGAAAGACACGUUCAUGCUCUGUUUCAGCGGGCUCGAAUUCACCGAGUUUCUACAGGAUAUGCCUGCGGAGAUAUUUUAAUGACGCAGGGACGUCAGGUUCAUAGCACGAUAAGCUCUCUUAUGGAUAUAACAAAAUAUCAACGCUUUAUUUAUUUAUUUUUUCCAGAGUGAGAGAGAGAGAGAAAUGAAUUUUUCACUCUCUUUGAAAUUAUUUUGCCUUUUUCUAUUAAAUCACAAUGAUCUGACAAUAAUAAAGAAUUAUUAAAAAGGAUAUUACGUUCCAGCUUUAAAAUCUUUCUACCGAAAAGAUUCCAUUUCAAAUUUUGGUUCCUCUAAUUUGGACCAGUUUUAAAAAUAAAAUUUUCCGCUAAUUUAAUAUCAAGUAAUUAGAGGAAACGAGAUAAAAAUGUUUUUCAGAAAACAAAAAAAAAAAAAAUAAUCACCAAAACAAAAUUACUUAAUUUACAAACUUAAUGAAAUAUAAUAGACAAAAUUAAAAUAAUAGAAAAAAUAAAAUACAAAAAUGAAGACAAAUCAAACAAGUUCAUAGUGUGGAAAAUAAUAAUUUUUUUCAAAAAAAAAAAAAAAAUGUGUAAAACUUUUUCUUACUUGCGUGAAGCACGUGCACAACAGAAAGUAAAUUAUGCAAUAUAUGAAAAUAAUAACUUCCUUUUUUUUCAACUUUCAAAAGGAAAUGCCUCUCCGAUUGCCAGUGAUAUUGUUCCUGACGAUGACACCGAUAAAUUCGGUGCCACUAACCGGCGGAAUUUAUGACGGAUGUGGAAUCAGAUUGGAGCGGGCUUUAGAUGCUCUUCAUCGAGAAUCGAUCAGAAGAAAUAGACUCGAUGACGAUGACAGUAGUGUUGCAUAUCACCAACAACUUCAAACGGCACCUCUUGAAAUGACAGUAUCUCGAGUUGCUGUAAAGCUGCCGCUAGAUGCAAAUACUCGUGGUGGACCUUGGGCUCAAGUUGAAAAAUGUUCCUAUGAGCCAAAUGAUAAUUCAAUUCAAACGCGAGUUCUAUUUAAUGAUUUAUCAGUUUCUGGUUUGGUAUCAUUGGUUCCACGUGAUUAUCGAGCUCAUUUUCCUUCAGAAUCCUGUCGAAUGACCUUGAGACUUCGACGAGCCGGUAUUGAAUUUUAUACAAGUCCCAUUGCUCGAGGACGAGGAACUAUGCGAAUUCGGACGGAAUCUAGUUUCAUGGAACCCAGAUUUGCCUCCAUCUAUGCGUACGGUUGUCGUCCAAAUGCCAGAAUUGAGAAACAAAUUAAGAGACAGGAUAAAUGGCCACCACAUCAUAGACCUGAUGAUGAGCUAAAGGUAAUUCCAAUAUCUCCUCAAAUGAAUUACGAGGCAGCCGAACCACGUGAAUUAGUUGGUGUCGCUAACGAAGAAGAUGUUGCUAUUGUUAACGAAAGUCGACAAUCUCGAGAAUUAUAUGCGCCAGAUGCCCGUUUAGGAAUAUGGCGUAAAAGUAACUGGAUCACGAGGUCGGAUAAUCGUAAAAGAAGAUCACUGGAAAAUUUUGCUCAUAAUUUAAAAUUACCUAACAGUAAAAUAAAUAAUACUGGCAUUCGCAAUGAUACUAAAACUCAGAGGCGAAUAAGACCAUUUCAAAUUGUUGGAAAAAACCGCAAAUACGAGAAAUUUCGUAAUCAGUCAAAAAAUUUAUCACACAUAAAUGAAACUAAAAUCACAACUGAAAGAAUAAAUCCAAAAGAUUUUGCAGCAGCUUUAGCAAAAUGGGUGGCAAGAAAUAGUUCAAUAACUAUUGGUAAUGUCACACUAGUUCCAAAAUGGAAAUUAAAUGAAGAGAAAAUAAUUACAAAUUAUUCUAAUAAUGAGGAUAUUAAUAUUAUGAAAAAUGAAGCACCACGUGAAACAAGGGAAAUUCUUAUCGAUGAAAAAUUGCCUGAUGAUUUUGAGGGGAUUAAUAGAGAUUGGCAAUCGAGAGAAAAUGUUGCUAGAGAAAUGGAAGAUGUAUUUUUAAAAGGAGCGAGUCAAGCAUUAACGCAAUAUAUUGAAAGACAACUACAUCCAGCUAUAAAAGAAACACUAAUGCUUUCUAUGGGUUAUACGAUAAGUUAUGGAUAGCAAGUUUCAUUAUAAAUCAUUUUCUUGGCUGUAAGCGAAACCAAGGCCAGUGACUAAUAAUAAGUAUUUGUCUUAAGGGCCAAGUUCGUUUUAUUUCGAGUCGAAAUGUUGUGACCUAAUUUUUAAAUGAUACGUAUUUUAUACGUUUAUUUUACGUUAUACAUUUCAGAAAUAAUUUUAUGGUUUCCAAUUUUUUUCAAAAAAAGUUUCUUAACUUGAAAAUUUUUAAAUAUAAAAACAAUUUUUUUCAUUAUAUUUUCAAAUAUUUAUCAUCAUGCAAAUUAUUUUCUGUAAAAAAACACAAAGAAUGACAUUUCUAUUCAAAAUAAAAUAAACUGAUCCUUAAGAAUUAUUGUAAAUGAAAUGUCAAUUUUAAAGUCUACUUACAAGGAGAUUUCUAUUUAAUUUUGAAAAAUCUUUUAUCGUCGAUAGACAACUAAUAAUAUAUAAUUGUAUUCUUCUCUAUUUAUUAAAAGUGUAUUCAUGUACAUAGCUAGAAACUGAAAGAUCUUUAUUUAAAGUGAAAAUCUAAAUUUGAUUAAAUUACAAAUGUAAAUGUGAAUAAUAAAAUUAAAUUUUCACAUGCUCAACAAACAAUUUGAUUAUAAAUAACUGUUUUUUGUUUUAUAUUUGCAAUUACUUCUGAUUUCAUUAAAUAUUUGAAUUUAAUCACUGCUUUAUUUAACAUUUCAAUAUUUUAUCACUAUUUUGUUUAAUACAUUUAGUUUUCAUUAUUAUUUUGGUUAAUCUUUAAUUUUAAUCACGUUUUAAAUAAAUAAUUAU